AUGAACAGCAAGAGAAGAUGUGCUAUAAAGAUCAGGAUGAGUGAGGAGGACAUCGUCGAGGGUGAAGUUAACGAGGGAGUUAUCGGUUAUUUCGAUGGUUUUACCGGGGAGGAGAGUACUACUGCAUGGUGUGAAGGUUGUGAAGAAGAUGAGUGUGAUGAUGAGGAAAUGAGGAUAGUAGUUGGUGUUUUCCAUGGAAGAGGGAGAAUGGGAGAGAAAAAGAGAGAGAGAGAUAUUUGUGUUCUUGGGUUUGUUUUCUUGGUUUUGGAUGAAGGAGAAUGA